AAACCUCGCGAUAUCAUCACGAAGGCUGUGUGACGUCACAAACACAAACAUCGGCCGAUGUGAUCGGUUCCGGUCCAGCUUAGACUCCGCCACACGUCCACAGACACCAGAACGACUGUCCGAACCCCGGGACCCGGAGCUAUUGCGGCCGCGUGAGGAUGUCUGCCGGGACCGGGAGCCGGAGCACGGAGCCAUGGGGAGGGUUCGACGACCAGCUCAUCCAGGGCGGCGGCGCGGCGGUCAUCGACAUGGAGAACAUGGACGACACGUCGGGCUCCAGUUUCGAGGACGUGGGCGAGCUGCACCAGAGGAUGAGGGAGGAACAGGAAGUGGCUGAGGAGGCGGCGGCGGCCGAUGCUGACGGCGCCGACGACUUCCUUGGUGUGAAGGGGCUAAAAGGUCAGCUGGGUCGGCAGGUGGCGGAUGAGGUGUGGCAGGCAGGGAAGCGACAGGCGUCCAGAGCCUUCAACCUGUACGCCAACAUCGACAUCCUCAGGCCGUACUUCGACGUGGAGCCCGCCCAGGUCCGCUGCAGGCUGUUGGAGUCCAUGAUACCUGUCCGCAUGAUCACCUUCCCCCAGAAGGUGGCGGGGGAGCUGUACGGCCCGUUGAUGCUGGUCUUCACCCUGGUGGCCAUUUUGCUGCACGGCAUGAAGACUUCUGGGACCGUCAUUGUGGAGGGCACCCUGAUGGGGACGGCCAUCGGGACGUGCUUCGGCUACUGGCUCGGCGUUUCCUGCUUCGUCUUCUUUUUGGCCUACCUGGUUAACGCUCAGAUCACCUUGCUGCAGAUGCUCUCCCUGCUGGGUUACGGCCUGUUUGGGCACUGUGUGGUCCUCUUGGUCACCUACAACAUCCACUUCCACUUCCUGUUCUACGGCCUGUGGCUGCUACUGGGAGGACUGUCCACGCUGCGCAUGGUGGCGGUGUUGCUCUCCCGGACGGUGGGCCAGACGCCGCGGCUGCUGCUCUGCGGUUCGCUGGCGCUGCUGCACAUGAGCUUCCUGCUGUACCUGCACUUCAGCUACCACCGCAUCCUGGAAGGUCUACUGGACUCUCUGGAAGGACCCGACUCAGCUGCCAUGGAGAGGGUGGCCCGAGACGUUCACCAGGUGACCCUGAACGCCACCGCCAGGAGCCUGGGGAGGGUCCAGUGAGGGUCCAGUGAGGGUCCGGUCAGGGCUGCUCUGCCUGGACCUUCUGGAACCGGUCUCCUUCAGCAGAACGUUCUCUCUGGUUCUGGUUCUCUGCUUCUUCUGGGUUUCUCUCUCCUUUUGCUCUCCAUCAUCUUCAGCAUCUCUAUUAUUGUUUAUUAUUGUUUAUUAUUGUUGUUGUUGUUUAUUACAGAUGCUCAGAUGUUGUGUUUGAGUCGAUUAGAAACUCUGGGAAAUCUCAGUUUCUCUGACCUUCACAGGAAACUGAAACCUGUCAGUGUGUUCAUCAUGUUAAUAACGAUCUGAUUCCCAUCUACUGGUUCUGAACUGGUCCUGUAAUGGUUCUGAACUGGCAACAGAUGCAGUUCUGUGUUUCUGCCAGCAGGCGGCGCAGCCUACCAUAACAAACAAACUGAUGGUUCCCCUCCAGAACCCAGCAGACCCAAACAGGUCAGGCCCAGCAGUAAGGCAUCCAGCUGCAGGGAGUUGGAACACUGUCUGCUACGAUGCCCUGCCACUUUCAGUCGUUUCUUGCUCAGCAGGGUUAGGGUUUUGUCUCUGAAUAUUAAUAAAUGUGAACUUCUGCUGAUCCAUUCCAGCUCUGAGGCGUCUUCCUGCAAUGGAGUUAAAUAUCUGGGAAUACUGAUUUAAAAUCUACUAUUAGAAGAGAGAAGGAAAACAUUAGAAGUUUCUUGGAUGGCAGGAAGAAAUCCCUGAGUCUUUGGUUCACUGGAGAUCUGACUGGGUUUGGACCAAAUUAAUUUCUCCAUGUCAUUCUGCUUUUAACUCUGAUAAGAAUAUUAAGAAAGCCAAUUCAAUAAUCUUUCAUUUUAUCUGGAGAAACAAAACUCACUAUUUAAGAUGAUCUGAUCUUCUUAAAGAUUAUGAUAAAGGAGGAAUUACAGCUUUAGAUUUUGAGGCUCUGAUUGGUUCAUUAAACUCCAACCCAAUAAAUUGGCUGAAGAUCUUUUUGUCUCAUUCCAACUCAAUGUGGUUUCAUAACCCUAAAUCCAUAUUUAAUAAACUCGGUGGCUUGGAUUUCUUAAAUCUGAUUAAAUGUGAUUUUGAAUUAACAAAGAUUAAUAUUGCACUAAUUUUCAUAAACAAGUUUUACAUUUUUGGAAAAUGAUAUUUACCCACAUUUUGACCCCACAUGGAUCUGUAGUGUGGAAUAACAGAUCGAUAUUGAUAAAUAGAAAAUCUAUUUUUAAAACUGACUGGUAUGAAAAAGGUAUUUUAUUUGUAACUGAUUUAAUGGAUAGUAAUGGUGUUUUAUUAAAUCAUAGAGAUCUGAACUGUUCUUGUAAUGAAUAUUUAAAAGUAUGUAAAUCUAUUAGCUCUGAUCCAUCUCAUCCAAAACUCCUUCAGAGAUUCAGAUGUUACUUCAUCUUUACCCAGAAUGACAGUGUGACUGAUAGAAAGUGCAAUAAUUAUGAAUUAUUAAUGAUUACAAUAAUAAUAUCUUGAUAACAACCAAUCUGUCUAGAAUUGAGAAGAUGUUCUCCAAGAAUGUAAAAUGGCCGAUUUCAUCAAAGGUUAAAGAAACUCACUUUAAAAUCUCUCACCAUUUUUGCCCAGUGGUUGAAAUUUUACACAAAAGAUUUUAAUUUGAUUCAACAUGUUGUAUCUUUUGUGAAUGUCCAGAAGAAUCCAAUAAUCAUCAUUUUUCUUUUAAACUCUUCUUUUAUGGAGAAACAUUAAAAAUUGAUAUUCCCAGAGAUAAUCAUCACCCACAUAUUAUAUUAUGUUGGUGACCUUCAUAGUCAAAUAUCUGACAUGGUUAAUAUUGUCUUCUUGCUUGUUAAAUAUCAUAAAUCCUGCUGUAAAAGCAGAGCUUCUACUCCUAGUUUUGAUUUUUUUCUUAACUUAUUUAAACUGUAUUACACCUCAGUGAAACAUUUGAAAUCUGUUUCUGCAAAAAAAAAAAAAAAAACUGUCAGUAUCUCUGCUGUUCUUUUAUUUGACAUUUUGCUCUCUUGUUAUUCAUUUGUUUUAUUGUUUUAUUGUUUAUGUUUGUCUUCAGUUUUAGCUCCGUGUUUUGGUUAUUUUUUUUCUAUCUAUAUUUUAAUGUUCUUUGUGCCUCAACGAGUCUUUAGAUACAGUUUGUUUAAUAAAUUUAAAAAGUUUUAAAAAGCUGUA